AUGAGGUCCAGUAGGUUGCUUUUGGAAGGGACAGGGCUGAGGACGCCAUGCCUUUGCGUUGUUUUUCAAGAGUCCAAGAUGUAUUCAAGCACGCUCCACUGCAAGCAAGCAGAAGAGUGUUAUGGAUGCAUGGAGACAUUGUGGGUUGGAGAGGAUCUCCAGCACUGCCAAAAAAUCAGUGCCAAGGUGGUGGAGUUGACUUUCCUGGGGUUGGCAGAAUGCCACGAGGGCGUUCACGAAGUCGUUCGCGAGAUGGUGUGGGUGCUUGCUGUGGCUCUUUGCGUUGACUGGGCGAGAGAGAAGGGCAAGACAGACAAGGAACUCGUGGAAGAAAUGCGCAAGGCAGACAGAGAGAAAGCUGUCUGCUCGUCGGGCAAGGAAUAUGCCAAGAAACCCGUGGGCUACAAGGCGGCCUGUGCUCUGCCUCGUGAGCAAGGUGCAGCAUCGCACCGUCUCAUGGAGGAAGAGACCUUUGUGCCCAUGAAACAGGUACGAAGGCGGAGUCCCUCACCUAGCAAGGGAGAGCAGGAUUUCCGCCGCAAUGCGCCGUCCGCGGAACACCAGGCGCGGAUGCAGCAGCUCUUUGAGAAGUAUGGUAUGGCUAAGGGCUCUGAGGGUGGACGUACAGGGCAUGACAUUGAUGGGCCAGAGAUGAUGCGCUUCGGUCAGAACCUCAAUUUACAUAACUAUAACUACCACCAAAACAUGAGGCCCUUUUCCAAAAUUUUGGGAUAUGUCCAUGGCCAGUGCUGGUUCAACAUACGUGGGACCAAAGGUAUGAGGAACGAUCAUCCGCAAGUAUAA